AAUAUAUCUCACUGACAGAUGUUCCCCCCCGGACACUAAAAGUAGCGCACCACUCCAGGUAGUGAAUGGUGUAAACAGACGCGGGUGUCGGUGAAGUUUGGCAUCAUGAGUUCGGACGCAGUUCUGUUGUUGGAGACGGUUAAUUUUGCUGCAGAGAAACAUCGUAACCAAAGACGCAAAGACCCCGAUAAAACGCCGUAUAUUAACCAUCCCAUCGGUACGUUCGAGUCUUUUUACUCUGAUUUGAUGCUUUCAGGUGCGGCUCGUAAAACUGCCGGACUGCAGAAGUGAAAGGAAAACUCGCACUGAACAAGUGUUUGGUUCUUAUUUGUUUUCGGGGGUGAAUAGAUCAAGCUUUCUGGGGUUUAAUAAUGAAAGAAAAAUCAUAAAAUUUCGAUGUUUAACAAAUUUCACAAUAGUUUUUGUCCUAUCAUAGUGUCAACAGCUGAUUUCUGAAGUGUUUGUGUUGGCAGGUGUUUAUUAUUUAACCAGAAAAUCAGAUUCAUUCUGAAUAAACAGGUCAAAAGUAUUAAUAAACCAAAAUAAGUCUACAGCACUGAUUUAAAAUCGUCCUUCACUCUUAUCGUGUUGUGAAAUAUUAAUAUUUUUAUACAACCUUGUAAUAUAACCUAGUAGUUUGAAACCAAAGUUUAUCUGCGAGUAUGUCAAUGUUUUUUUAGGUUAUUUUCAUCUGUUCCCAUUAUUAACACUAAAGUCGAAGCUGCCCCACAGUAAAGUUAUUCCCUGGUAGACAAAACAAAAAUGAUAAGUUACAUAAAUUUGAUCAAGAAUCAACCAACAAACUACGAUCAGUGUUUCUGAAAUUCCAGAUACCCCCCAAAACAAAAGAAACCCACUAUAAAAUGAUGAACAACAUCCUUCCCUCAAAGAAACUACUCAGACAGCGAUUUAAUAUAAAAGACAACAUGUGCACUUUUUGUGAAAAUUAAACUGAAACAAUAGACCAUAUAUUUUUCUCAUGUAACAUAACACAAACUUUCUGGGUUAACAUUCACAAAUGGAUUAAACAAAAUUACAGUAUUCCCUCAAUGUAUUUCUCUAGAUAAUGUUACUUUUGGAAUAAUACUAUCAAAUAAAAAUGAUGAGCUCUUUUGCAAUGUUAUCUUAUGUCCAUCCAAAUAUUUCAUCGAUAAGAAUAAAGUCAUGAGAUCAUCCCCCAUUUUUAUUGUCUUCAUAAACGAAUUUAAAAUGUAUUUGAAAUGUCUUAAAACGUUAACUGGUUUGACGGAAAAAAACUUAUAUGAUAACUUAAAGAAUUUGAACAGCUAAAAAUGUUUGCAUAAAUUAUUUUAUUUAUUUUAAGUUACUUUUAUGUUUCUGUUUGCUUGUUGUUCUUCACUUUCUACUUUAUUUAUUGCCCUACUGUUUUUUUUUCUUCCCUGUCUAAACAUGUCGCUUUCCCAUAUUGUUAAGUAUUUCUCAGAUAGGUUAUUUCAAUAUUGAAAUUACUGUAUUGAACUGAUUCUUGAAUUGUAAUUUUGUUAACUCUGAAUAAAGCAUAAAAUACAAACUAAAAAUAACACUUGAGUCAUGUGACUGAGGCUCUCAUUGUUGCAUUCAGGGCACACGGAAGUUUAACAGAAGCCUCAUGUUGAUUUUCACAGACAAACAUAAAAGACCAUGAAAUACCAUUUCGAUUUCCUUGAGGGAAACUUCUCAAAAGGAUAAGUGAAGUUGUAUCAAAACAAAGAUAAUAACAUGGAAUUACAAAAAUAGAUAAAUAAAUAAAUAAAAAUCAGAAAAUGGAGAUAAAAUAUUUUUAUUGCACCAGAUUCAUGACAGUAUUUUAAAUAUAACCAUGCAUUUUGAAAUGUGUUGUUUUCAGGAAGUAUCACAAAGGACUGAUAGUAUACUGGCAGUAUACUGACUUAUGAAACCCUUCUCUGACUGUGACUGAAGCUUUUAUCUGCCCUUCAUUAUCUAUAACCUUGUUGUUCUUGUUUAAUUUCCUCGUUGUGUGUUUUUGUUUUUUUUAGGAGUAGCAAGAAUUCUUAGCCAUGAAGGUGGCGUGACAGACAUCCAGGUUUUGCAGGUAUGUUGUCAGUAGAGCAGAUAUCAAUGGGGCAUGUCAUAAUUUUCCUCUGUUGUUGUUUUUUUGUCUUCUUUUUGUGGUUCUUUGAGCACUCAGUCACCUUUUUUUUCUUUUUAAGGGCCACAUGAUUAAGAUUCAUAUUUAAUUAACCUGAUAUUUGUCUUUCAGGCUGCUCUGCUUCACGACACGGUGGAGGACACGGACACCUCUCCUGCUGAGCUGGAAGAAAAGUUUGGGUCGGUUGUGGCUGGAAUCGUUCAGGAGGUGACAGAUGAUAAAAGUCUCCCCAAACAGGAACGGAAACGUCAGCAGGUGGAACACGCCCCUCACUGCAGCCACCAGGCCAAACUGGUCAAACUGGCUGAUAAACUGUACAAUCUGAGGGACCUAAACCGCUGCACACCUACCGGUCAGGACCUCUGAACUUUUACUGUAGCUUGGUCUUUCAGGCGGCCUGUCUUUGAGUUCAUAAUUCAGAGUGAAUCAUUUACUUUCAUACUUUAUUUUGAGGUAACUCUAACCAAGCUCUUUGAGAUCAUCCAAAUAUGCAACUAACCAGAACUUAAGAUGCAUCUGUCACCUGACUGAAACACUCUCAUGUUUGUGUGUUUGGCAGGUUGGACACCUGAGCGGGUUCAGGAGUAUUUUGUGUGGGCCUCAGAGGUGGUGAGAGGACUCAGAGGAACUAACUCUGUCCUGGAGAAGAAGCUGGAUGAGCUGUUCAAACAGAGAGAGGUCCAGCUCUGAAAGCACUUCAUUUGUACUCAAGAGGACUGAAAUAAAUCCUGUUUGGUAGAAAACGGAGGAAAA